UACUAGAUAUGUAUUCAUACUGCACUGCACUGUACUGUAAAGCUGCCUGAGAACAAGCCUUCACUACCGACUGUUGACAAACAAGAUUUGAAGGUGCUGUGUCGAGAGAGAAAGCGCCACAAGAUCAUCUAUAUUUAUCAAGAUAACUUGUGGGUGUAGACCAGACUGUACUGCAAGGUACUCUAGCUACUAGAAGGGGAUUCUGACAUGAGGCUGUUUGGAGCAGUACUGUGUCUACUAGCAACACUCCAGGCUACCCUCUCCCAGGAAUGUGUGGAGACAUGUACUACUACUGGUGAGGGGUGGAACUCGAAUGUGGCUGUCGUGGAACGGGGACAAACAUUCCUGACAUUGGAAUGGGAAAUGGACCAACCUGACACAGUGUAUCGAGUGCGAUGGUUUCAAGAGAGAGUGUUUAUAGGAGAAGACAAUACCACGGACCUGAUGUACACAAUGACAGAUCUAACAUCUAACACUCAGUACACAGUGACUAUUUGUCGACAGAUAGUGACAGAUGAUACCUGUGGCAACUGUGACUUGUGUGCCACCACUCUACAAGGCCCUCCCGCUCCUCCAGGGGGCGUGGCUAUACAGGUGAACGGACAAGAGUUUAUCCGGGUGCUGUGGCAGGAACGGAUGGAUGGGGUGGACAUGUGGCACGUCCUCUGCCUCGUCAGCGACACUGGAGAGGUCGUCCAAAACAGCUCGAUACGUUCUGUCAGAGGUACAAGUAUCGUAGGUGUAAAUGUGCUCCAGCUUACCCCUUCAACUACCUACAAUUGUUCCGUGGCUGCUUCCAACUCAUUUGGCCAGGGGGAGUACUCGCCUGUUGUCCAGGGAACCACUUUGGCCAGUACUAGGAGCCCUGGUAUACUCCUCAUGGUGUUUGAUGACAGCGUGAAGAGUCUAAGUCUCACUGUCGAUAGUGUAGAGAUAAGUGGUACCUAUGAGGCAAACGAACAACGCCCUCUGUUCUCCCACACUGCCACUAUUACAGGUAUUGACUACCACUUCCAUCGUGGUCAGAUCUACUUCACUAGUGCUGACCUGAGCCUGUACCGAGUCAAUGUGACACUGUCCUCUGACUCUCUCUCUCUCUUGAACCCAUCAGCCCCUGAGGUGAUACUAGCUGACAGGCCAGCUGAUAGCCUUGGCUCUGUUGCUGUGGACUGGAUCUACAACGAAAUUUAUUGGAUAGAAAACAGCACUAAUGAGAGCAAGAUAAUGCGAGGAGACCUGACGAAUGGCGGCCUGACAGACAGCUACUGUGUACUCUCCACACAAGGCCUGCGACACAUUGCAGUAGAUCCAGUGAGGGGGUGGUUAUUCUGGAGUAGCAUGAGUGGACUCUACAGAGCCCCACUGAGCUCUGUGAGGGCUGGCAACUCAGACUGCCCCGCCCUCUUAGAUAACAUGGAGACGAUUGUCGCAGUACCUGUGAUAUUUUUCACGCCUGAAUCCACCGUGAUAUACCUUAUAUUAGAACAGAGCUGCGUAACCCUUCCCCCCAAUCUUCCCAAUUGUUUAUCAUCAGUCACUGCCAAUGGGAACAACCUGCAAAACUUCAAUGGUGCUCCUGGAGACACUACACUACUGGCUAUUUAUAACAAUCGUGCCCUCCUUGUCCUUAAUACUUCACCAACAAGUGCCAUCCUCGUCGUAACCACUGGUGGUCUGAACACACCCAUUACAGGGGAUAGUGCUUCACAAAGCAUUAACUCUGGUACUGCAAUCACUAACCUAACAAUGAUGAGGGUCUACAGAGACGUCCUACAGCCUCUACCAGUCCCUCCAUUCCCUGUGAGUGACGUGCGUGUCGACUCUGUGGAUGUGUCAGCUCGUGUCUCCUGGACUGUCCCUGUGUUCAGUGGAAGCCUCUUCAGUAAUGACUCGUACCGAGCCUGGGAGUACAGUGUGCAGUACUCUCAACUUUCUUCUGGGCCAAUUACCACCAUUAUAACCUUUGACCCGUACGUAAACCUGGCGGGUCUGACAGGGGGUGCUCUGUACGAACUAGAUAUUGUGGCAAGGGGAUUAAGUGACUCAGAAGAUCUUGAAGUUGGGCUGUUAGUACCUAUUGUGUUCCACACCAGGACAGAUGCUGACCUACAGCUGGUUGUGGCUACUGAGUCUGGUGUCAUAACAACCAACGUAGGGCUCAACAGCGUAUCCGUGUGUGUGGAGAACACAGACUCGAGUGGUGUGGCCUUUGACUCUCACACUGACACUACCUAUUGGUUGACUGAGGGUAGUAGAGGAGAUGUCGUCUCUCGCACUGUGGGGGGCAUUAUUACCAUGGCACCUGACACUGUCUCUAGGGCCUAUGCCCUACGACUUGACUGGGUCACUAGGAGACUCUUCUGGGUACAGGAUGGAAUACAGGAUGGUGAGUCCCGGGUCAUUAACGUGGCGUCAGUGGAAGUGGAGGAUGCUUCCAAUCCAGUGAUUGGUAGUCCAGAGGUGUUCCAGACAUUCUCAGGCACUACUGGAAUUGAGACCACGGCUAUGGACGCCACUAAUGGGUUUUUGUUCUGGGUGAGUGACUCUACAAUCUACCGCAAGAUGCUCAACGGGGAGGGGCUUACCUCCUGCCAUGCUAGCAGCAGUACCCCCACAGCUCUGGCCAUUGACUCAGGGCGGAGGAGGCUGUACUGGCUGAGCAACACAGCCUCCAGCACCCUCACUGUCAAUCAGCUCGAGUACAAUACUGCAGAGUGUGAUACCAACAGUAUUGUGGCACGAGAUCUAUCCAUGAGUGAUUUCUCCUUUGGUACGGCGACUGCCACAGUGAUGGUGUAUGCCUCAGACACUCUCUUCAUUGCCAGUGGCUCCACUAUUCACAGCAUUCCCUCACAGUUCACAAGUGUACCUUCAGACAGAUCCCUGUUUGUGGGUCAACAGCAGGUGACCGACAUCUGCCUAAAUGAUCCGAGCAUCGCUAUAGAAGACAUGACUGUCACCUCCAGAGGAGCCCAGCCCCUACCACCCAAUCUACAGGCUCUUGAGCGAGGCGUAGCUAGAGUGACACCACAAGCUGCCCCCUCUCCUCCCUCAGAAGGCCCUGGGUCCACCAUCACCUCUGUGGUCCUACAGUGGACUGCUCCCCCUCCCGUCCUCCCCAACUCUCCACUCACCUUCAUUCUUAACUACCUCCUCAAUGGAGCCAACCCUGUCCGCAAUGUCAUCCUCAAGGAUACCAAUGUAACAGUAAUGGUAGCUGAGGAAAGGACUCAGGUGAAUAGUAGUCUGGUGACUUGCUCCCUCUGGGUGUGUGGACCACCAACAGCGAUGAGUACAGUACAGUCGCUACCAGCAGUUCCUGGAGUGGUCACUGAUGUGAGGGUGAUCGUGUAUCAGCCAUUAGCGGGGGAGACUGAUCUAACAGGAUUAGUGCUGUGGACUCCACCAGCUGGCUCUAUCAUCGAUAGUUACUCCAUCAACCUCGCCCUCAAUGUUGGGGGGACUCCCCUUCCCUUGGUGUAUCAACCCCCAGGAAAUUUGCCCAAUCACGUCCUCGUCAUGAGAGCAGAUAUCGAUUUUGCUGUGUCUUACCUGGAAGAGGGUACUGCCUACGAUGUCCAGAUCACAGCGUCCAACAUGCCCAGUGGCCCUGGCAUCCCCUCCUCCACUCUCACCUUCACUCUAGAUGGUCCCAACUAUCCUCGUCACCUGUUGGUCCUGGACUCGGGGAAUGCCCAAGUAGCUGGCAUGGAUACGGACUUUGUCACUCCACCAACAACAACGGCAACGCUCACUCAUCUUCUCGCUGACACUAUUGCCAGGGAAGCUUAUUACUUUGACAGGGACAUGUACACCAUCCUCAAGUCAUCACUGCAGUCUGGGGAAAUAGAUACUCUCAAGCUUAUAGGCCCAGAUCUCGAGAUGUUGUCUCUUGCGUAUGACUGGGUUGCCAGGGUUGUCUACUAUGCUGUCAGGACUACCAGUAACCAACUGGAGUUCUAUAGCAUAAGAGUACUGGACAAAGAUAGAAAUGCACUCCUGUUCCCCUCCCUAGACCACACCCUCUCACAAACCACCACCCUCCAACUCACCAUGGACCCUAUGGCAGGAGUCCUGUAUUGGAUCCAGUCUGAUGGCUCCACAAUACAGCUGCUCUCACUAAAUCUCCGUCAGUCUAACUUGACCACACCCACUAUCCUCAGCACCACCUCCCGCCGGAGGAAGCGUCAAUCUGACACCCUCUCCUCUCUCAACCUCACCCCCGUAUUGACCCUUGACCCCAUCACACGGAACCUCUUAGUGGCUACCAGUGAUGGAGACAUCCACUCUUGUAAUAUCACCUCAAGACAGUGCACGCUAUUGGUCGAUGCAGCCACACUGUCUGGAGGAGACACCUCGUCCGUGGGACUACCCCCCACGUCCAUUGCAGCUGAUGAUCGCCACUUGUACUGGAGUGGAGGGACUGGAGUAUAUGCGGUACUGAGGACUGACCCCACCUCUCUCAUCACUGUGUCUAUGACAGGCGCUCCUUCCACACUGACCCCCCUCAGUCCCGGGGCACAGCCACUCGGACGACUCGAGUGCCUGUCUCCACCGUUGCAUAUAAUGGCUAUCAGGCCUGUGCCUAAAGUGGUGGAUAAAACCAGCACCUCGUUGACUAUGGAGUGGGAGGAGCCACCACUGUCAGCCGAGUGUGCCGAUGUGUUCAGCUUUCCCCCCCUCAACUACAUUAUAUCCGUGGCCGAUCCUGGCAUAGAUCGAUUCUUUUUUAAUAAUGCGGGAAUGACUUAUGGAACACGGUUUGAGCUGACAGGGCUCUUGUCCUUUGUUGAGUAUCCUCUAAGCUUGAUUACUGCGAAUGUGUUCUCCCAGCGAAGAUUCUCCUCUGACGACCAGCAAGGAAGCUCUGUGGCGGAUUCCAGUACACGGACUCUCGCAGGAGUUCCCGACGCCCCCACCAUUCUCAAUUCCAACGUGAUUGGCACGUCUAGUGUAGAGCUUAAUUGGGCUCCUGGAGUGUUAAGAGGUGAUCCAAAUAGCGUGGUCUACUUUGUUCGUUCUGAGACUGGUCAGUCGAUAUCAGUCAUGAGUGAGAGCACGACCAUCGACAGCUCUAUAGGAAUACCACCAGGCAGUGACCACCAGUUGCAGGUGGUGUUGUACAAUGGAGCGUUCAACAGUCCAGCUGCUCGUGUGCGUGUGUCAUUCUGGAGACUGCCCCCUCGGCCAUUAUCACAGUCCAUCUCUAGCUCUAACCUCACUGUGAACUUCACUCUAGAGCCAAGUACUCACUCUGACAUCGCGAGUGUGGCUGUGCAGUAUUGUGAGGUGUCUGUUGAAAGCACCAAUUGCAGCUGUCCAGACGACUCCAUCAGAACAGAGUUUCGAGCUGCAAUGACCCCCAUGACCUUUGUGUUCCCCAUCUCUGGUCUAGGAGCGUACACACUGUACUGUGUCCAGAGUGUGGGUAGGUACCGGGAGAUAUCCGGGAAGACAGUACCGGGAGGAGAAGUCACCUCCGGACAAGGACGUGCCGAUAAGUCCUCAACAACGAUGGCUGGUCUUCCAGACCGUGUUGAUGUUAUUACUCUAAGCGGCUCUCUGCUCUCCUGGGAAGCGCCCAAUCCACGAUCACCAUCAGGCAUUAUCAAUUAUCUGGUCUCAGCAAGAGAGGUGGCGGGGAUACGGAAUGCCACCAUGAGGGUGUUCGAUGGAAGAUCACUGGAUCUACAGACUCAGUUCUCUAGUCUGGAGGGGCUGAUCAACUAUGAUGUGAGUGUACAAGCUGUCAAUGACAUUGGCACUGGGCCCCCAAGUGACAGCAUGGUGUUCACCCCGCAGCUAGAACAACCAAUCCUGGGCAUUGGAGCUAUUGUGGGCAUAGCACUGGGCGGGGCUGCCCUCAUUGCACUCUGUCUCGGCUUCUUCCUCUUCUGUGUGUGGUUUGUUCGCCUGAGUCGUCCUAAAGAGCAGGAGAUACGUAGUCUAUCCUACAUGUAUGGACCAGAUCACGAGUUGAGCAACUUAAGGAGUGCCUAUCGCCACGAGCAGGCACAGAACCCCCACUACACCUGGACUAAUGAAGAUUACGUGUGUACUGAUGACGAUCUUGACAAGCUCAGCAAAUUCCCUCGGCACAAUCUUAAACUAGAAAAUUUCAUUGAUCGUGGAGAGUUUGGUGAGGUCUACCAGGGGACAGCCACGGACAUCCUUGGAGUGGACACUGGAGCCACCCCCGUUGCAGUCAAGACGUUAAGGAAAGGUGCUAAUAGUGAAGACCAGAAGAAGUUUUUGUCAGAGGCCUCUCUAAUGAGUAACUUCAACCAUCCUAAUAUCGUGAAGGUGUUGGGGGUGUGUCUUGACAAUGACCCAGUGUACAUCAUCAUGGAGCUCAUGCCAGGAGGUGACUUACUCAAGUUCCUCCGAGAGGCUAAGAGAGACCACGGCCCUGUUCUGUUGACGCUCGCGGAGCAGAUACAGAUCAUGCUGGACGUGGCCCACGGCUGUCGUUACCUCGAACAGCAGCACUUUAUCCAUCGAGACAUUGCAGCGAGGAACUGCCUCGUGUCCAGUAAGGGGGCCGACAGGAUGGUCAAGAUCGGAGACUUUGGUCUAGCGCGAGACCUCUACUCAUCAGACUACUACCAGGUGGAGGGACAACGCAAACUGCCUGUACGAUGGAUGGCCCCUGAGGCAUUGCUCCAGGGCAAGUUCACCGUGGAGUCAGAUACAUGGUCUUUUGGUGUGUUGCUAUGGGAGAUCAUGAGUCUUGGCAACCAGCCCUACCCUGGGCGGAUCAACCAGGAGGUGCUCCAGUUUGUAACUGGAGGGGGCAGAUUAGAAAAGCCAGAGAAAUGCCCCUCCAAAAUCUAUCAUCUGAUGCAGAACUGCUGGAAGAGGUACUCGUCAGAUCGACCACACUUUGAUUCGAUUGUGCCGCUCCUCACCAACUUCCUCGAUCGUAUCAAACGACCUGACAGUGUCUACCACAGUGACUCAGAGUCUGAACCCGAGGAAGAGCCCAAUCUGAGACGAACGUCGUCAGGGAAACCACCCAGUAGAACACCCUCCUUCAAGUCAGGUUUCAUGAAUCUAGCCAGAUCAGGGAGUGUCAAAUUACGUAACAGUUUCCGUCGCCAUGGUAGCAUUCACAAACGAGAGGAGAACAACAUCUCCCAACUUCCUGUAAGCAGUUCAGAAAAUCUCAUUGCAGCUAUAGAAGAUGCAAAUGCCUUCAGAGAAGUUGGACCGUUUUAGAGGGUUUUUAAUCGAUGUGUGCAUAUCAUCACCGUGUGUAUCAUAUAGGCUACAUGAACUGUAGUAGUUAUUUAACUCAGUGUACAUGUGUGGGUCACCUUGCUGCUGCAUGUAUAUGUUAUUACUGUACUCCCAGCUAAUCUUUUUAAUGUUCAUUCUGCACAAGUUCAAUACAUGUAUAUUAUUAUGUACAGUGUAUUUUAAUUACUAUUUUUGACAAUAAGUUGUUCAAUUCACAUG